UCGCUGCGGGAGCGGCUUUGCCGCCUGCGUCGCCGUUACGCGGGGCGGGAGGGGACGGGACAGGACAGGAGAGGCCGGCCGCCAUCGCGGCGGGAAGAGGCAGGUGUGCAGCCGCCGCCGAGGAUGGACAUCAGGCCGAACCACACCAUCUACAUCAACAACAUCAACGAUAAGAUUAAGAAAGAAGAACUGAAGAGGUCUCUGUAUGCGUUAUUCUCACAGUUUGGCCAUGUGGUUGACAUUGUGGCUUUAAAGACUAUGAAGAUGAGAGGACAGGCUUUUGUUAUAUUUAAAGAACUUGGAUCAUCUACCAAUGCUUUGAGACAACUACAAGGCUUUCCAUUUUAUGGAAAGCCAAUGCGGAUUCAGUAUGCAAAAACAGACUCUGAUAUCAUCUCUAAAAUGCGUGGUACUUUUGCUGAUAAGGAAAAAAGGAAGGAAAAGAAGAAGGCCAAAUCUCUGGAGCAGUCAGCAAAUGCACCAAAUAAAAAGAUUAUCCAGGGGGCAACACAGAAUUCAGCCAGUGCCCCAGGGACUGCAGCACAGAAUCAGCAGGUGCCUGACAACCCACCCAACUAUAUCCUUUUCCUUAAUAACUUGCCUGAGGAAACAAAUGAGAUGAUGCUGUCCAUGUUAUUCAAUCAGUUUCCUGGAUUCAAAGAGGUUCGCUUAGUGCCUGGGCGCCACGACAUUGCAUUUGUGGAGUUUGAAAAUGAGAAUCAAGCAGGAGCUGCUCGAGAUGCUCUCCAGGGAUUCAAGAUUACUCCAUCUCAUGCCAUGAAAAUCACUUAUGCAAAGAAAUAACCGGAUGCUCCUAUAAAGGAAUUGUGUAGAUAGUUGUUUUUUUUUUUUAAUGCAGUGAUACUUUACUCUGUUUGUAAGUUUAUUGUUCUCUGCAAAAACUUAAGACUUGUGUACGAUUGCCACAACAGCCAGGAGAGACGUUGGAUUUCCACAGGUCUACUGGAUAGUAAAUGUUUGCGUUGAAAUACUGAUUUUUAUAAAAUAAAUGAAGUUUAUGCUGUUCUCAA